UUGCCAUUUGUAGCACGGCACCAAAAACGAACCGAAGCUACCAUCGAUUUCAAAUUAUUCCAUCCGUCCGCUUGGAUUAUAUAACCGUCCAUUUAUUUGUAAACACAAUAGGAAUACAAUUGAUCAUAUCGGAUUAAUCAAAAGUUCUGGAUUAUUGUGACAAAAACGAAGAAAUCGAAGGAACUUUUGAAAAAAUAGUUGCGUUUUGUGUACACACACACUGUACAUGGUGUAGUGCAUUAUAAUACACUGUGUAUAAAAAUUGACACCUGUACUGUGAACUGCUGAUUCUCAACAAUUUCGUCUCCAUUCCAUCCCAUACUGUGAGAUACCUGGAGAUAAACGUACCGUCCUAACCAUUCUAUAUUAUACCUGUCUUCGAAAAUGACAACUUUUUGCUGCUGUUGUUGACUUUGAUGUGGUGUUAGAGACCAUAUUUUCCAUUGUGUCUUCACCUCGAUUGACCCAAAUAUCCAAGAUGACUUCAAAACACUCUGAUAUGGCAAUGAUUGCCAUUGUUAUCUGCAUGGUCUUGUGUAUGCCUUUAGAGGGCGCUGUCGUGCAGCGAUACCUCGUACCACAUGACGCUCAGCCAGGGCACGUAGUAACUCAGUUAUCAAACACAGUCGGGCAGAAUUUUAAAAUUCUGAACAAAAAUCUAUUCUCGGAUUUCUUCACAAUUGACAGUGUUGGUAAACUGGUCACCACUCAGGAUAUCAGUUCAUUAGCCGGCAAAGUGUCUUCUUUUGAUAUUGAGACUAUAAGCCGCACUGGAACGUCGAGAACUGUAGUACACAUGCAUGUCCAGGGUGCACGCAAUUCACUAGUCUUCCCCAAACACGUGUACACAGGGCAUGUGCGAGAACAUGAACCAAUCUCAACAGUUGUGCGAGACUUAAAAGAUCUCUAUGUCAUUUCUCAGCACGGAAGCAGUAAAGUUAUAUUUUCUAUAAUUUCUGGAGACGGUGAUAAGUUUGGCUUGAAGCAAAGUCAUACUGAUGGUGCUGAACAUCUAUUCGUAUUUACGAAAGACAUUUUCGAUCGAAGUGUUAAGUCGGAGUACGACCUUGUUGUACAGGCCAGAGAAUAUCAUAGAGGAAUUGCCAAUGUAGAAAUCAAGAUACUGAUAGAUCCUGAUGAUACCAAGGGAAAUCAUGCGCCAAGAUUUGAAUCUACAAAAUACAAAGCCACCAUCUCUGAAAUGACGAGUCCCGAAUCCUUGAUUCUGUUUGUAAGGGCAUCUGAUCCAGACAAACAGCGUAUCCAUUACCGAUUCCUCACCAACCCGGGGCCUGAUUUUCAUCUUGAUGGAGAAACUGGUGCAAUUUCUCUGGGGAAGGAACAAGUAAAACCAGGUGUCUACCUGUUUGAUGUCAUUGCUGUAAAUGAUGAUGGUCAGCGAAGUAAACCGGUUAAAGUUACCCUUGUUGUCUCUGGGUAUGCUCAGCCUGAAGGUGCAGUCUUACGGAGAUCCAAGCGUGCUGUCCGUACACCGAUAGUUAAAUCGGUGGACGAGGAUACGAAGGGCGUUCUUGUGACGAUCCCUAAGGUUGAUGCUGCUGAUCGUUUCGCCUUGGCUACGUCGUUCCCGGAAUUUGUUUUGAAUGCAGUCACAGGCAACAUAUCCCUGAAGGCAGGCCAGACACUUGAUUAUGAGAAAACAACUGGCUACCUGAUCAACGUCAAGGUCACAAGGAUAGGUGAUCCCAAUUAUUUGGACACCCAGGAGAUCAACUUAAGGAUCACAGACAUCAACGACACCCCUCCUAAAUUCACCAACAUCCCCCAGGAGAUGAUCGCAACUGUUGACCCGAAUGCCCUUGAAGGCCGUAUUGUGUACACAUUGUCAGCGACCGACCGUGAACCUGGGGCCAAGCUUGAAUUCGUACUCGUCUCUGAACAGCGGGAGUGCGCCAACCCCCCCUUGUGUGCAGGCGGUGCGAACCAUUUUGUCGUUGACAAGAUAAGUGGAAAAGUCUCGCUAAAAAGGAAAGAAAUUGCACAUGGUCUGACAUCGUUCAUCCUGGCGGUGAGAGUGACGGACGUGGGUGCCAACCCUCCACAGGCAACAGAUGCCAAGCUGACCAUCAUCGUUGGAGACUACCCACCUCAGUUCUACAAGACGAGCUAUUCUUUUAACUUCAAUGAGAGAUCUUCUCUCUCGACUAAGGUCGGUAAGAUUGAAGCCAAAUCAUUCAAUGGAAAAACGAUCAAGUACGAGUUGACUAAAGAAGACGACACAGCUUCGCCCAAUUUUAGAAUCGAUCCUGGAUCAGGAGAGAUCUCCCCAUUGAAGGUGUUCCAUUAUGAGACGCCGCCAAGGAUGUUUAAGUUGAAAGUGACAGCCAAGGAAGACCCAAGAACAGUACAGCAGGAUGGGAAACCAGUCAUGAAGCAGGAUACAAAUUCUAUGGGGGUUGAAAUCCACAUCACAGACAUCAACAACUUUGCUCCGGAGUUCCCGCUGUCAGCGUAUAUCGUGGACAAGCCUAUCCCAGAACUGUCGACUACCAUUGGAACAACAGUCCUUGAAGUUCAAUGUGUUGAUCUCGAUGCUGGUAAAAAUGCGCAGCUGACGUUUUCAGUUAGUGACGACCAUUUCAUGGUCGAAAGUGUCAACAACAAGGCAAUCAUCAAAGUGGCCAAAAAAUUGGAUUAUGACCGCCUGCCUGACCACACGUACAAGUUCACUCUGACGGCUGUUGAUAAUGGCACACCACAAAAUACAGGAACUACCAAAGUUUACAUACCCAUGGCAAAUGAGAAUGAUGAGGCACCAGUGUUCCUGACGAGCGAGGCUAAUCCGCGGGUGGACGAGGACGCCGCUAGUGGUACCGUCAUUAUGUCUGUUCAGGCCACUGACGCUGAUGGAAGUCAAAUCACCUAUGGCUUCAAAGGUGGUCAAUCCAAUCAAAUAGAUUCAACUGGGACUUUCAACAUUGACAAAAAUACUGGCAGAAUCACAUUAGUUAAGAGUGUCCUCAAAAAUAAAUCGUUCUACACCCUAACUGUGGUGGCCACUGAUGAUGGUAUGUGUACUGGAUGUACAAGCCCUUCUACACCUUUAUCGUCGGAGGGGUCAUACCUUGUUGAAGUGAUGGAUGUCAACAACCACAACCCGGAAUUUCCCGACUGCUCAACGUAUAAACCAACCGUGUUAGAGAAUAAGCUAGCGGGAACUUCGGUCACAAUGAACGGGAAGACGCUAACCGCUAAAGAUGAGGACAGCGGCAGCAAUGGCAUGUUACAGUAUUCCAUCAAACGACCACAAGACGGCUCCAGGAUUAGUUUCAAUAUCAACGAGACGACUGGCGUCCUGACGACAGCCCGAAUGUUUGACCGCGAGGCAAAAGAUGAAGCACAUUUUACUAUCACAAUCCGAGCGGCAGACAAGGGCAACCCAAGUCUUGAAGGAUAUUGUUCCUUUCAUGUGACCGUCCUGGAUGAAAAUGACAACAUGCCAUUCUUCUUGUCAACAGACGUAGCUUACACGAUGAAUACGGGUGCCCCCACUGGGCCGGUUUUCCGUGUUUACGCCAUAGAUCGUGAUGAAGGCGUUAAUGCAAAGGUGACAUAUCACAUGCUGGAGAGCGACUGCGAGUUCUCGGUGAAUGAGGAUACCGGUUUCGUUGUAUUGGACAAAAAAAUUACUGUGGCCAAAGUUUGCAAGCUUAAAAUUGAGGCUCGUGACACGCGCAGUGCAACUCCACCUACGAAAUGGAACACACCUGUUACAGUCACGGUGACAGUCUCUCCAACAUUGACACCUCCAGUCUGGACAACCACCGACCCCAAUAUCUCUCUGGAUGAAAACGUUGCCUUGGAUACCAACGUCAGGAACUUGUCUGCAACUGGUGCUGUACGCUAUGUCGUCACAUCAGUGACCGGGCCGGACUUCGUGUAUAACCAGGGAAGUGACACGAAGAGUCCAUUCCGUAUGUUAGACAAGCAGAGUUACUCGGAGCUGAGGACAGAUGAUCAUCUUGAUUAUGAAAAGACGAAAUGGUAUACAGUUGUUGUCAGAGCUUCCAAGGAUACUGCUGUCUACAGUGAUCUUGUGUUGAACGUGACCAUUAUUGAUCAAAACGAUGAGAACCCCUACUACAACAAGGUUCUUAAGAAUUACAAAGGAAGUGUUGCAGAAAACACCAGUCCUACGAACCCAGUCAAUCCUGAUGACCUGAUUGUUAUGAAACUCCGGGCGACUGAUGCCGAUACUCUCCUCCCAUACAGGACCAUCACAUACACGAGUCACAAAGAGUUGGAUUACGAUAAAUUCAGCGUUGAUCCAAAAACUGGAGAGAUAAAGGCGAUUGUGGAGUUUGAUCGCGAGGCCCUCUUUAAUGGCAAGAUGAAGACCACAUAUCAGAUACGAGUACAAGCGGAAGAUGGCGCACCGUCGGCUAACUGUAACCCGCCCGUGCCUCAAUGCCCACAUAACAUUGAUAAUGUUCUGGUGGAGAUUCUCAUCUCAGACAAGAACGACAACACCCCCAAGUUCUCGGCCCCACAGUACUCAAUCGAAAUACCUGAAGACACCAAGACUGGCACUUCAAUCUUCAGUGUGACUGCCAAAGAUGCCGACGAAUCAUCAACAAUGCGCUUCUCCAUCAUUGCUGGUGAUCCCGCCAAUGUUUUUGAGAUGAGAAAUGAUGUUGGAAAAGUGAGCGUAGAGGGUGGCAUUAUAUAUAGGGAGAGUUCAGGAAACAUUUUUGUCGUUCAGAAGCUAGACUACGAUACGCCACCUCAGGAGUACAACCUUACUGUGAGAGUAUUCGACGGCAAAUUUGAAGAUAGGACAUACGUCAACAUUAAACUAAAGGAUGUUAACGAUAAUGCGCCGAAGUUUAAUCCAGAUAUUGUCACAAUCGACACCAUCACUGAGAAGGAGCCAAUCCCACCUGGCAAUCCUCCCUCUGGGGGAAAAUUUCUCGUACAGAUGUCUGCUACAGAUGUUGACAAGAUUGACACUACACUCAAGUACUCCCUCCAAGGUGAAGACAUGAGUUAUUUCUACAUCAAUCCCACCGAUGGCAAACUCUAUCUAAUAAAGACACUCAAUCGUGAGAAUGUAGACGGCAGUGUUAGAAUGUGGAUGGUCAAUGCAGUCGCCACAGAUGCUGAGAAUCACGACGGCUUUGCGGUUGUUAAAUUUAUUGUUCAGGAUAUCAAUGACAAUGAUCCGAUCUUCAUUGAGUCAACUCUAAAAGGUUCUGUGAAGGAGAACUCUCCUGUCGAUACUCCGGCUUUAGCUGUUUCAGCAGUUGACUAUGACAGGGGUGUUAAUGCUACCGUGGAAUACAGGAUCAUCUCAAUGGAUCCAGCUUUGGUUGGUGGCCAACCCCCAUUUAAGAAGAAGGAUUCUAACCCACUGAAUGGGGACAUCGUCACAAAUGUGAAUACCAUCGACCGUGAUGGGCCAAAUGGUAUCCCGAUGAUCAAGGUUGUGAUUGAAGCCAAGGAUCGAGGGAAUCCAUCCCGCAGUGCCACUGCCACCGCCACAGUCACCAUUGAGGAUGUCAACGACAACGAUCCGAAAUUCAUUCAAAACAGCUACGAGGUCAAGAUUCCUGAAAACCUUCCCAAGGACACAGCUUUCUUCUCCAUCUCGGCGACCGACCCUGACCUUAGUUCUCAAGGUCAUUUGUCCUUCACCCUGGAUGCAGAAAGUAGGAAGGCGUUCAGUAUUGAAGAUGUUCCUGUCACCAACUCGGCAAUCAUUAAAGUAUACAACCCUGUUCUUCUCAAUUUUGAGAAACCAAACUUCAACGACAAAGUUGUUGUAACGGUAAAGGACGAGGAUAGCAGGUCAGCUACUGCGACGGUUACUGUCAUAUUGCUGGAUGUCAAUGAUAACGUACCGACCUUCACCAAACCAGAUCAGUCCGUUUCCAUGUACGAGAACCUUCCAGCUGGAACUGAAGUGGCAAAGUUUCCGGCUGUAGACGGAGACAGGGGGGUGAAUGGUGAAAUUAUGUAUGGUAUUAGUAUAGUAACUGAUCCAACACGAAGUCUCGCCAUUGAUUCGGCUGGUACCAUCACCAUUGCAAAGCCCCUUGACCGUGAGGCAUACCCGAUCAGCACCAACUCAAGUGAAGCGGGCAUCAUGAAGGUCACUGUCCUCGCAUACGACAGAGGCACCCCAUCCAAUACUGGCACUGGUACUCUUACCAUCAGUAUUCUAGAUAUAAAUGACAACUGGCCCCAGUUUAAGGAACCCUACCACCCGGUCGUCAUGGAGAAUAGUAAACCAGUUGUCUUUGUUGCCCUCAUCUUUGCAAAGGAUCCCGACAACUCGACCAAUGGAGCACCAUUUUUGUUCUCGGAGCCUGCAAAUUCUCCGACAAAGAACGACUUUACGAUGAAAUUUGAGCAAGGUCUCGAUAGUGGAAACGGUGGAGGUCGUAUCAAUACCGAACGCACCUUCGAUCGAGAGAAGCAGAAGUACUACUUAAUGCCGAUAGUGAUGGCGGACAAGCUCGGUCUCUCCGGCACCAACACUCUUACAGUCACCAUCGGGGAUAUAAACGAUAACGACCAAACGCCCGGACACAAAGAGAUCACCAUCUAUAAUUACGAAGGGUUCAUUUGCCCCAAGGAAAAUGUUAGCUGCAAAUUCAAGGAAGCUUACCUUGGCAAUGCGUAUGCUGAGGAUCCAGAUGAUUGGGACAUGAAAGAUAAACGAUAUUCCUUUGCGAAGGAUCCUGGACCAUAUUUUAGAAUCAAUGCAACAACUGGCGCCAUCUAUCUGAUCAACUACGUCCAUGAGGGAACGUACCCGAUGGAAAUCUGGGUCAAUGAUACUGUACGUGGUGUGCAAGUUGUCAGCACUGUGAAUGUUAACUCAUUCACCAUCGGGAGUGAGCCUGUUUAUAAUGCUGCGUCAUUCAGACUCAAGGGUAUCACAGCUGAACAGUUUAUCGAACAGCCAAAGCUCGCGAAGACUCCCCCAGACCCAAAGGCGUACGGUCCCAGCAUGUAUACACUCUUUAGACAAGAGAUCGCCAAGAUAUUGAAAACACCAGUGCAAUUCGUCGAGAUCUUUGCGGUUAGGAAUUGUGGGGAUGAGCCAAAUUGUUGUGAUAUCAGGUACUCGGCUCAUGGUUCACCUUACUAUAAACAGGCCAGGAUGGAUGGACUCAUGAAUGAUAACAAGGCAGCCUUCAAUACCCUUCUCAAAAAUAACGGCCAUCCCACUGCGACCAUGGAUAUGACCCCGACUGACCUCUGCUUAAAAGAAACUUGUGAAGCAGGCUGCUCAAACGUGUUGACGGUUGGGUCAGGGCCUAAGGUCAUCAAUACGAACAGCACAUCUCUGGUUGGCGUCGAUACUUACAUCACGGCCAAGUGUGAAUGUAAACUCAAGGAUGUAUCGUCUGCUCCAAUCAAGUGUGACGCUGGAUCUUGUUUCAAUAGUGGCACAUGUCAACAGCGGACAGACGGAUUCAGUUGUAAGUGCCCAGUCGGCUUUGAUGGGCCUCGUUGCCAGCAGACUAAACACCAGUUCGACAAUGGCUGGGCUUGGUACCCAGCACUCAAGCAAUGUCUUGACAGCCAUACAUCUCUCUCCUUCGUGACCAGCCAGGAUGUCGGUCUAAUCCUCUAUGAUGGACCGGUGCGUGAUCCCGCUGGUAGCAUCCCUCCAGAUUUUAUCGCUAUCGAGCUGAUUGGAGGUUACCCCAAGGUCACCAUAAAUCAUGGAUCAGGAUCGGGAUCUGUCUUAUUCGAUGGCAAGUUACAGAAUGGCACCCAGCAAAUCCCGAAACAAAGUGAUGGGAAGUGGCAUCGUUUGGAUGUCUUCAGACAAGGAAAGUUAGUGCGUGUCGUUCUUGAUCUUUGCCAAGGCGCACCAAUCGACGAGUCAACGUCUGGCUCCACGCAGGAUCGCUUCGCGUGCGAGAAGACUUUUACCACGCCAGGAUCAAACCGCUUCAUCAAUAUCAACCAGGCGCUUCAGCUUGGUGGGAGGAAGGAUCCAAACGCUAAAUACCCCCCUGGUAUCACCAAUAAGGGAUUCAAGGGCUGUAUGAAAGAUCUUACACAUGACGGAGAGUUGUAUGAUCUUCACAUUGGCGCGAUCGGUGAGCACUUGAACACCAAAGAUGGCUGCCCCGACGAGGCGGCCAAGUGCGGUGGCAAAUGUGUCAAUGGAAAAUGUGUUGCAAACUUGGCGGGAAAUCUACCAAACGGAAAGGCUUUCAUGUGUGAUUGUAACCCUGGUUUCAGAGGAGACUUUUGCAAUACAGCCACAACAGAAGUCCAAUUUGCUGAGUUAGAAAACAGUGUGAUCACAUGGACAUUGUCUCAAUCGUGGUACAACGAAUGGAAGAAUCAGUUCUCGUCAGAUAUCCGUGUGAUGUUCAGGACGCGCCAACCCAUUGGUGUCAUCAUGUACUUCAAGAGUCGAGACAGCAUCAACGAGUUUAUGCAAUUAAGAAUUCGAGACUACAAACUGGUGUUCCAGUACAACUUUGGCAUCAAUAACCGAGAGCUCUCGCUCCCCUUCGUGAAGGCAUCAGAUGGGGAAUGGCACAGUGCCCACGUACAGAGGUUUGGCAGAAUAGUCACGCUCAAGAUGGACAUUGGUGAAGGGAAGUUCUACGCAUCGACACCAGGGAUUCCCACUGACCAUCAGUUGACAUUGCUGGAGGGGACGGUCCUAGGUGGUGCGGAUGAAUAUAAAGAUAGUUGUAUUCAGGAUCCCCGAUACAAGCAUGGCUGGCUGCCUGUGCUUUCUAAUGAAACAUCGCCAUACGCUACAAUAUUUGCUUCCAAGGGUGUGAGUCCGGGAUGCCCCAGCAGUGCGUGUGCCGUAAAACCGAAUCCUUGCACUUUACCAUAUGUCUGUGUUGACAAGUGGAGGCUAGCAGCAUGCGAGUGUCCAAAGGGCCAAGUUGAAACCACUGACCCGAACACGAAGGUAAAGACAUGUGUUUACGUCAACCCUUGCCUGUCACAGCCAUGUAUCCGAGGGGUCUGUGUCGACUUGGGCAAGGGAGCGUUCAAGUGUAACUGUGAGGAUGGAUGGGAGAGCGACCUCUGCAACAUCAAGAAAGAGCCAGUUGUUGUUGCCUUGGCAACCGGAGCAUGGGUGGCCAUAUUGAUCUGCAUUCUGGUUCUUUUAGUUCUGGUGAUCAUCUUCGUCAUCUGGAUUCGCCGAAAGCCAACUGACACCAAGCUGAUCAUGGAGAUCGAACCAGACGAUGACAUCCGUGAAAAUAUUGUCAAUUACAAUGAGGAGGGCGCAGGUGAAGAGGACUUCGAUGGAUACGACCUCUCUAGAUUACGAAAGCCACGCGACCCACCAGAGAUGCCCAGGAGAGAGAUGGCACAGCCGCUGGGAUCUGGUGCCCCGAUGGGUGAUGAACCUGAUGUUGGUAACUAUAUUGACGACCGUCUGGAUGAUGCGGAUAACGACCCGAAUGCUCCACCUCACGAUACCCCAAUCGAAUUCAGCCACGAGGGCGCCGGCAGCUCAGCUGGAUCUCUCAGCUCACUACAGUCAAGCAGCUCAGACGAGGAUCAGAAUUACGAUUAUUUGAAUGACUUUGGUCCCCGAUUUGCUAAGUUGGCCGAUAUGUAUGGUGGUGGGGAGGAUUAAGCAUUUUGUAAGGUGGGAAUCAUUCAAAAAAUGCAUUGGUUGCACCGAAAUGUUUUAUAUCAAAGAAUUUACAUGAGAAUUUUACAUGUUUUUUACAAGAUGAUGUUUUCAAAUCAUAAAAUGCUUACUUCUCUGUGUCCUCAACCUCCAUUCGUGUACAGCUGCCGAGACUUUAUUGGGUGUCUCAAAAAAAAGUUUUGACCUCGAAAAUACUUCGAGCUGUUGUGGGAAACCAAGUAUGUUAUGAAUUGUGCUAGCAUUUGAUCUGUUCAGUGAAAUGAUAUCGAUCACGACUUUUGUAUAUAGAACAGUAGGCACUGUCAUAUUGGUAACCAAGCAAUGAUUUCUGAACAAGAUAGUUAUAAAAUCAAUUGAAAAUCAUUGAUUUUAACUGAUAAAUAAAAAGUUUAUAUUGGUCUGUCUGAUUGGUCUUCCCAUUUAGAAACAAACUCUGCUUGAUCAUGGCUGAGAAAUCACUGGUCUAGCUUGCUGUAGGUUACUGAUGUGUUCGGUAUCAUUCCAAGAAGAUAUACGCAAUAAUCUUAUCUGCACCGCAAUUGAUCCAUCCAUUUGAAAACAUUCCAAAAAUAUACACAAGUUAUAUAUAAUACUUUUACCAGAAUCUGUCCAUGUGUAAUCCUCGCCAUUCAGAAUUGAUUUUCUGUUUUGGACGAAAAUAUCAAUUCAGAAAAUGUCAAAAAAACAACUAUAUACAUGUAAUAGCGAGUGAAAAGCCCAAUGGAAUUGCUCGAGAUGCUAACAGUCAUGUCCGUACUGAAUCUUGUUCACCAGCUGCAUAGAAAGGGUUAAUAGGCAUGUAUGCAUUCGUUCUUGCGUCCUGUGUGUUUCACAUCAAAGUAGUAGAUGAAGCUGUCCAUAUUUGAGAUGUGUGGUAAAGUGCUAUUAGUACAGUCAGUAUUUUUGUCAUUUGCUUACAUUUGAAGACUUUCACUGUAAAACGAUCCAUUUUUGCAAUUUUGAGAAAAAGGCUUCAGUUUGUAAUUAUAAUGAAAAUACAUUGGAAGUCUUGUCUAUUCUUCAUUUGUAUCAGUAACUGUUUAUGUUAUCGUUUCGUGUUCUGUAAUUUGCCUGGUUGGUCCUGUAAAUGUAUUUAGGACGUCCAAAUUGAAUUCUGAUUGAACAUUUCUCAAAGCAUUCUGUUCCUCUCUUCAUCUUAGAUAAGAGAUGACGAAUUAUUUUAGAGGGUGCUUUGAACUUGAAUGUCGAUUACAUAUGUACAUUUCACUUCAUGCUGGAGAUUUUAUAUAUAGUUUGCACUAAAUUGUCUUAGCCACUUUUGACGAACCUGACUUAGGUGUUGAAUAUUUUGGUGAUUUCUGUCCACUUUACCAUUCUAUGUUUACUUUUGCUUGUUCUACAUUCCUCUAGGUUUAUUCUUAGGUUAAUAUUGCUGCACAUAGCUACAAUUAGAGCAUUUAUACUUAAUCUAUCUUUGCGGUCUUUGUAACUUCUUUAGAAAAUCUCUUAAAAAGGGAUGCAAGAUUUCAAAAUUAUUUCCAAAGUUAAUAUUUCUACUUAUACAUUCAUAAAAAGUGUGACCUUGUUUCUUUUGUACGUGUUACAUUAUGUUUGGGGCUGAUGUUCCAUUCCCACGAAAGUAAGAUGAGAUGUUUCAGUGAUAUCCAUCCAAAUUAGACAGUUUCUCAAUGUUGUUAAAAACCUUUGGGCUCAAAUUCUUAUCAUAAGCUUGGCUCUAGAUCUCAAAUUUGAUCUAAGUCAUCUUAUCUUCUUUCUGUCUAUAGCCUGGUUGUAAUUUUUAGGGCGAAGACAUUUUUUAUCUUUACAAUUAUAUUGUUCCAAAUCAUAUCUGCUAAGAUUAGGUGUAUAUUUUGUACAUAAAUUGGUAUACAUGUAUAUUUCAUGAAAUGGUAGUGUAGAUUACAAUGUUUUACCUUGCAAAGGAUCAUAUGAUACACAAUUACUAUUAAUGAUGUAAUUUUCAUGGUGCACCAUCAACUUUUGAGGUGUGGGGGUUUCAUAUUUGAUUAACAGGGUUUUUUAAACUGUAUGUGGUAAUUAAUGUGAAAAAAACCUAAGUUCUUUCCACAAAGAUUUGAGCACUUUCUUUCUAAGUUUCUUUCUGACUUAUGCACAAGGAGUUGGCAUUCGAAAUUCAAAUGUUCAUAAACCUGUUAAUCAAAUAUCGAAAGGGGAGGAGAUCGUCCGCAUGUCUUUUGGAGAUGUUUGUCACUAUCGGAAGGACUAAUAAUCAUGUUUUCAAACCACAUGUGUCUAAAAAUCAGUGUUCGAUUCAGAUUUGUACAGAAAGUGACCUUCGGUGAUCUUGAUAAAAUACAUGAAUUUCUGUUUGCGUUGUUAAAAAUUUGGUAAAGAUUGGUCCAAGAUAUAGUGGCAACAUUUGAUUGCUUGUGAACAAAAUUGGGCUUAGUCGUGGUUUCUAAGUCGCGGACCUGCUGCUGUGUCUCGAAAGCUAAACAGGGUCUCUACAGUAACCAUGCUGUAAAUAUUUUUUUCAUUUUAACACUUAUAUAUCCAACGUUGAAUAUGUUGCACAGAAAACACAAGGUUAUUAUCUCCUCAAAAGAUUUUUUUGUUUAUUUUGGUCAAGAAUUAAUCAUCCCAGUGAAAGUUUUUCUUAUCAAUUUCAAGUCCUGAUGUGAGACAGAUGUCAUGAUCUCCAACUUGAGAAGUGAUUUGAGUUGUACCAUAGUUUAGGUGUUUGUUUUCAAGAUACAUGUAAUUAGAAAUGAUUGUCUAUUUAGUGUAGGUUCUUGAGCUACAUGUAUAUUCCCUCCAAGAUAGUUUAUAGGUAGCCGUCCUUGACGUAUUACAUUCCAAAAAGCUUAGAAAGAUUUCAUAGAAGCUACAAUUUAUAUCAGAAAAGCAUUAUUAUCACACCAGACCUUACACAUCAUAGUAAACUGACACUCUGUGAAGGUUUUGGUUCAAUACCUGCUAGCUGAUAGCUAACGAAACAUAUAUUUUCAAACAUUACAUUCCAGUUGUUAUAAAGUUCUUUGUCAUAACACUUUGGUUAUUAAUUAUAAUGUGUCCUCGUGCAUUCCUCAGACACUGAACAAAACCUUCUCCAAUAAAUACACCAGCCAUCCGAUCAUUUGUCAUCAGGCUAUUACGGUUGCUUCAAGUCACUGUUUUCUCAACCAAUUAUUAAGCAUUGUGAAACCAUGACAACAUUCUUCUAUAGAUGCGAAUCACAGAUUAUAUUAACAUCAUUACAGGGCGUCCCAGAAAAUAGUGUUUCCAGCUACUUAUAUCCCAGCACCAUAAUACUUAUUCUGAAUUUUACAUCAAUGAAGGACUAUUCAUUCCCAGAUAAAUGAAUUGGAGAAAACCAACUCAAACUCUUUAUCACGUUGAGUCAUUUUCAUCCUUGGCAUUUUUGAUCUUCAUGUUUAUUAUUAUUUGAGCUGAUUUUCUGAGCUGAUUUUCUGAGGCGCCCUGUACAACUCAACACCAUGAGAUUCAAUCUCUUUUGAAUAUUUCGAUCUCGCUUCACUCAGUGUUGAAGGGUUUUGUAUCACAUUUGCCUGUUUUCAUUUUGAACGGAUGUAAAUAUAGAAAAAAUAAAAGUAUUUUUACAUUGAGAAACCCACA